CUUCAAAUCUGUUGGAGUAUUUACAGAAGAUUUGACCCUGUUUUAAGAAAAUUGCAUAACUAACCACCGAGGACUAGCAGACAAAUAUUUGGAUUUGUUCUGCAAACGUUGUCGAGAUGGUCCCAAUUCCAGUCCCCUGUCAGUAAGUGAUGUUUGUUGGAAGAGAGCGUAGAGUUGGAUCGUCUACUUUGAGUCAAUACAUUCUAUGUGUUAUCUGCUAAUUUUGUUCAUCUGGUAUCUAGUCCGAGUGAUUUUAUACACUUGAUUUACGGUAAUUUACUUUACGCUAUAGUAAACAGGAUUAUUGGAGCAGAAGUGAAAUAUGAAUCGUGAAUAUAGGAUUUUUUCGAAUCUUCUGUUUGUGUGAUAAUUUGUUAUGAUUGGUCUCAGGUGUUGACUAUUGAUGAGAAUUUGACAUAACCAGGAGCAGACGUCACGGAAAGUCAGCCAUUCAUUUCCAACAAAAUGGUUUCUAGAAAUUGCAUUUUUGCAAUAAUAUGGUUGUUUAUUAUAGGUAACUGUAAUGGUGAAAGUAGUGUUGCUACAGACAGUUCUAUAUCCCCUAACAAUGUUGAACGACAGCCUCUGUUCUUCAGUAGUGCUCAGCUUAACACACCGGAGCAAAGAAGCAGUCCUAAUCCUACAUUAGUUCAUAGAUUAGCUUCCUCCUUGACAACCACUUCAUACAAUUUCAUGGCCGGAAGACAGAGCUCCAUGGAUUAUCUCCCUUUGGUGAUGCCAACAAUGUCGUCUGCUUACAAAGAGAUAACUGAGGACAAAAAGUCAGCUGAAAGCUUUAUCAGAAGUGAUGGGUAUCCGCAGUCAACAGUCAGUGCAAAUCAUUUGUAUAAACAGUCGAAGAAUAGUGCAACACUCGAAACACGUAGCGGAAUUUUAGAAAACCCGCGAACGGAUUAUAGUCACUCUCGGUACGAAACAAUACAAGAUUAUAUGUUGCAGUCUAGUUUAACAAUUGAUCAAUUUAAGCCUUCAAAAUCAGCAGACGAUCGGUCUGUGUUGAUCGAAGAUGCGAGUACAGGGUAUAGUGAUACAAUGAGAAUAAAUGCUACACCAAAAGUAAAUAGUAUUUUAUCAUCUAGCGACGUUCAACAUAUUUUAACACGUACAACACAAUCUAGCAGGGAUUAUGUCUUGGAUAAUUCUCAUGUUUUUACACACACUGAUGUCAAACCGACAUUUUCACAUGUAAGUAAUUCAUUUAGUUCAGUUGACAUAGAACCGAGUGAAUGGCACGAGGAUUUAUAUCCGACUGUAGCCUACACUCAGCCAAUGUUUUCCGAAUUCUCUAAUAGUUUUGAAAUAUUUUAUGAUGUGGAUAGCGCUGACACUUUUCGUGGAAUAUCAUCCAAUAGACACCCUGUAUCGCCAAUGUCUUCCAGAUACGAAACUAAAUUCAUAUAUUCUUCACUACAUUCCUCUCCAACGAUAACUCCAUUAUCAAAUUAUUACAAAAGUUCACCCACAGUUGCGACUAUUGACUCUACGUCUUCUUUAUAUUAUCCAAAUCCUUCAGACGCAACCUCAACAAUAAUGUGGCAUACUCCUGUUUUACCAAGUGUUUAUGCCAAACGACAAUCAACAGUUAGCUCACAAUUAACAACCAAAAUGCCAACAACUACUCAGGAAUUAAUUAGUAGUAGUAGUAGUUCGCAGCUUCCAGAAACAUCAACUGUGAAAAUCUUGCCUUCUAAAGCUUAUCUUAGUCAGUCUUCCAUUGAAGUCAGUUCCCUUCAAAGCACAUCAAGGGGGAUAACUCUGAAUUUGAGCUCAUCAUUUUCUCGAAUUGUUCAGCCCACUACAAGAGAAGAACACACUACAAUAGACCACCACCACUCUACAGAAUCUUUCAACUUCAUAUCUUCAACACAGAUGCAAUCUACCAUCUCCAGUGAAAUUAUAACACCGGUGAUGACAAAAACAACAGAAGCAGACAUGAAAAAUGUUUUCAAAGAUUGUCGAUUCUUGUUCACAUUUGCUGGAGAUUGUCAGCUUGUAACUAAUAACACUUUGUAUUUAGCUGAAUUUAUUGAAGGAUUAAGAGAAACACUGGUUGAAAAACUGGACAUAUCAAAUGAUCGAAUCAAACCUCACGAUAUAUCAUGUGGAUCUAUUAAAAUCUAUGUAACUUUCAAAAAUGUUUCGUGUCCAGAAAUGGACCGUUCUCUCAAGACAGUCGUGGCAAGCGAAAAUCUUGUUGUCCCUACAUUUAUAGAAAAUAAAGUUGUUACAUUUACAGCUCAGUCAGUGUUGGAAGUGGCAUUACAAGAUUCGGACAUAAAUAGUCUAGAUUUACCAGGACAUGGUAUUGAUAAAAUUGAUAUUAUCGUUAUUAUUGUCGCAUGCUGUAUUUGUGGAGUAUUACUUGUGAUCGGAAUAACUGUCUGCAUAAAAGAAUGUUAUCGGAGAAAAUAUGCACAGUCGUUUGAUUUGCUAGAUAUGCCACAUGUCAAUUUAAAACUGGAAGACUUUACUCUGACUAGAAUACCCAGACCUAAAACGACAUACACUAAUGAAAACACCACCAAUACACAUUCAUAUCCAGAAAGAUAUAGUCAACCAGUGAAUAAAGAAAAUGGACACCAAGUAAACAAUGGCAACCAUAUAAAUUUGAAUGAUGUUCAUGUCAGAAUGCAGCCUUUAAGCGAUGGCAUUGUUGUUGGGGUGACAGGUUACGUCACUCCAAAUGGUACAUCAAAGAAGAAAAAGCAUGCUCCGUCUGCCUCUUCCAAUUUCUCGCAAUCAGAUACACUUGGAGAUCCAUCAACAGAAAAUUUAGUACCAGACGGCCAUUUUACAAGUAUAGGGGCUCUAAAUCCUAUUUUUGUUGAUGAUGAUGAUCAAGGGUCAACUUCUACACUGGAUAUUUCACAAGCUCAAACAGGUUUAAGUGAUAAUUAAACAUUAAAGUUUCAUAUACUGUAUUCACGACAAUUAUGUCAUAGAAUAUUCCAGCAGAUUGUGUCUGCUGCAUUCUACAAAAAACAUUUUUCUCUGCAUAGUGUUUUUUUUAUUCUUCAGUAGUUUUAUGAAGCGUCUGAAUAAUGGUCAUUCUCUGACCGUUAGUUUGGGUGAUAUAUGAAGGAAUGGCAAUGAAACUUUUCCCCACAAAACAAGAAUAUGUACUAAACUGAUUGUGUCUGUUGAGGAUAAUUCAUUAUUAACCCGGUCACAUUUGGUAUAUGAACCCAAGUUCUUUGAAGAAAAGUAAACAAAAGUGAUAUAUUAAUACCAGGACACAAUCCAAAACUGUUGUUCCUUAGACCCCUCAAACCACCGAGAUGUGUGAACAGCGUUCCAUAUUAUAGAACCAUUUGCUAGUUCUUGGGCACCACAGCUGUUCAUGUGACGGGCGGGCCUAAAGAGCCCCAGUUAGGGUGGUUUGAGGCGCUUUAAGUGCUAAUGGGUGAAAAUGAAGGCAAUAUUAAUACAAUAAAUUAUGGUGUGGUUUUGUUUGUUUAUUGGCUGUUUUGCAAUUGACCUCAUAAAAAAAAAGAGAAAAAAAGAAGUGACAUAGAACGAGUGUCUUGACAUAAACUACAUGUAUGUAUCAUGCUUAGUGAUAUAGAAUGUGCCUAUUGCUUGUAUGUUUUAUGACAAUGAAUGGAACUGUGCCUAUUGCUUGUAUGUUUUAUGGCAAUGAAUGGACUGUUUAUGCCUAAUUGAUAGUCAGUGACAGUUGAAAUGAGGUUUUUAUAAGGUGAUCUACAGUUUAUCAUUUAUUAAAAAAAGAAAAUUAUGUAUAUAUUAAAUAGUUAAAAUCAAUGUACCUUGGACACUUUGGUGUUGUUAUUGUGAUUAUCAUGUAAUUCUACCCAAAUCCAUCUUAGCUUCUAAUUAGGCUUAUUAUUGAUACCAAUAUGUAUACCUCAAUAAAUUCUGCUCAUUUCCGGCAUAUUCUGAAUUUUUCCUUGGACAUCAUGUUAGUAGAGGGUUAACCCAGACAGUAGGAAAGGUUAUUUCCCCAUUCUAGGACUGGAUAAUCAUCUGGUGUUGUGGUCUACUUGCAUGCUAAUCACUAAAUAAUCUACAAGGGUAAAAUAUAUCUAGGAAAGUUAAAAUAAGUUAGAUAUUUUCUAUAAGAAAAGAAGGCUAUGUGACUUUAAUAGACAUACAUGUAGCUUUAUUAGGUUGGGAAUUGUAUAGAGGUAGUGUUUUGGGACAUUUAUUUUUUUUUCGGUCCCAAAACUCAGGAAUCAGGAAUAGUUAAAUAAAAACAUUUGUUGAGAAUUCAUUUAGAUCAGUAGUGAUAGCUAUGGUGGAUUUGGGUAAAACAUGCUACUCAGUGUUUUGUAUAAUGUUAUUUAAAGAUAUUUUAAUACUCAUAUCAUCUUAUACUCCAACUUUAUAUACAUAUUAUAUAUAUAUAUAUACCUUAUCUUGCCAAAUGAAUUAUCUACACUUGUACAUACAUUUACAUUAGAAAUCCAAAGAUUAUGGAAUAAAAGCUUCCUGUGGGAAUUAUAAUUGUGGACCUUAGACAUUCACCAAAGAUUAGAGUAAAAUUAUAUUUUAUGCUUUGUGAUAGACUACUAUCACUAUUAUCAAAUACACCACAUAAUGGCAAACAUUUGAAAAUAACAGACUAAUAAUAAAGUAUGUGUGUGUAUAAUUUGACUUAUUUCACAUGGAUUAUGAUUAACGAUAUCCUCUUUUGGCAAAGUUUCACUCUUUUCCCCCUAAGUAUACAAAGUACCAUUUUUGGUGAUUAUAUAAAAAACAACAUUUUGAUGGCAGUAGAGGAGAUUAAUAGAAAUGUUCAAAAGAAGGAAAUUUGUAAGGACUAUGUAAUGUGGUCCUCAAUGUAUGAUCAAUGGUAGCCUGAUCUAAUCCCAAGAAAGUUAAUCAUUAUUUAUGUGAAGUCACAUUUUAUUUUCAGAAUUUAUAUGUAUAUAAGAUAAGUUCUUUCAAUUUGUAUAAUAAAAUGGUUGUUUAUUUGUUG